CUCCGCUGGUCUAACGUGCGUCCCUAACGUCGGCUUUAUCAGAAGAAUCGUUGCCCAUAUCGAGACCCACAGAGCUCGAUAUGGCCUCCUCAGCCUCCCAUUGUCUUCGCUUCAAUUCUUGUGCUUCCUUCUCUGUUUCGUUUCUCUUAUCUACUCCGUUCGACCCUUACCCUAGAUCCGGUCAGCCUGUUCUGCCGACUACGAGAGACUUCACUAACCACCUUCUUCGCUUCUCCUAGCCUUUCAUGCAUUACCUCCGCGAUGCUCUCGCUGCGGGAUUUUGUUUCCCGCGUCUCAAUCCUCGACUGCCCCUUCAAAUUGAGUAAUGAAUGUUACGGCGGAAUUUUCCGGCUGAGCCGCCGGAGGCGGAGGAGGAGAGUACUCAUUGGCUUUCUAUCCAGUGACGCUUGCAGAAGGAGUUGGAAAUGCUUAUCAGUGUGCAGAAAAACUGGUAAUUUGAACUCCGGUUUGGUCCAUCCCGUCCAGUUAAGUUCGGCGAAGAGGAGCGCCAGGGCGCAGAGGCUGUUAGUCGGCAUGAAACUCUCCGGUGAGCUUGGCGGCCCAGGCGGCUGCAGGGAGGAUGCAGCCGCGGUAGGCUCCGAGCAUGUGCGGAUGGAAUCGGCCAAUUUUACGAGCUACGUGGAGGAUCCUCUAGUGGACAAGCUGAGGUCGCAGCUUGGGGUCAUCCAUCCGAUACCUUCGCCUCCCAUCAAUCGGAAUAUUGUGGGUUUCUUUGUGCUCUUCUUUUUCAUUGGGGUUAUGUUUGAUAAGCUGUGGACCUCAAGGAGGUCGAGUAAGUCAGUUCGGGAGGAUCGAGCAGGGACGUGGCCGCAGGUGCCAACUAGCUUCUCGAUGUUUCUCGAGAAGGAUCUGCAGCGGAAGGAGUCCGUGGAGUGGGUUAAUAUGGUAUUGGGAAAGCUGUGGAAAGUUUAUCGACCUGGGAUUGAGAAUUGGAUCAUAGGGCUUCUUCAGCCGGUGAUUGAUAAUCUCCGAAAACCUAGUUAUGUGCAGAGAGUGGAGAUUAAGCAGUUUUCACUUGGCGAUGAGCCUUUAUCGGUUAGGAAUGUGGAGCGGAGGACUUCUCGGCGGGUCAAUGAUUUGCAGUACCAUAUUGGACUUCGUUAUACUGGUGGAGCUCGCAUGUUGCUCUCCUUAUCCUUGAAGUUUGGUAUCAUUGUCAUUGUUGUUCCUGUUGGUGUUCGUAAUUUUGAUAUUGAUGGGGAACUUUGGGUUAAACUACGAUUAAUAGCUACAGAACCCUAUGUUGGUGCUGUAUCAUGGGCUUUUGUUUCCCUGCCAAGGAUUAAGAUUGAGCUGUCACCCUUUCGUCUGUUCAACCUUAUGGGAGUACCUGUUGUUUCAAUGUUUCUGAAAAAACUUCUUACGGAGGAUUUGCCUGGACUUUUUGUUCGUCCGAGAAAGAUUGUCCUUGAUUUCCAGAAGGGCAAAGCUCUUGGUCCUGUUACAGAUAACUUAAAAGCUGAUACAACUGAAGAAGGAAACAGAGAUUUUGUUGGGGAGUUAUCUGUGACUCUUGUUGAUGCUCGCAAACUUGCUUUUCUGAGAAUUGGUAAGACGGAUCCUUACGUUGUUUUAAGACUAGGCAAUCAAGUGAUUCGAAGUAAAAAAAACAGCCAAACAACUGUCAUUGGGCCACCAGGGGAGCCAAUCUGGAAUCAAGAUUUUAUUCUAUUUGUUGCAAACCCUAGAAAGCAGAGAUUGCAAGUUGAAGUUAUAGAUUCUUUUGGUUUCAGUGAUUUCAGACUUGGAGCAGGGGAGGUUGAGCUUGUAUCUCUUCAAGAUACUGUUCCCUCUGAUAGGAUUGUAACUCUGCGAGGUGGUUGGAGAUUUUUUGGAAGGCAGUCAGCGGGGGAGAUAUUACUUCGUCUGACAUACAAAGCAUAUGUUGAGGAUGAAGAAGAUGAUUGGGUAGAAAAGGUUGAAAGUGAUUCAUCUGAUGAUGAGGUCUCAGAUUAUGAUCAAGCAAGUAACCUUUCUGGAGAACGUGGAAGUAGUCCUAAUUAUGCAAGGGAGAGGGAGUCUUUUAUGAAUGUUCUGGCUGAGUUGCUUGUUAGUGAGGAAUUUCAGGGCAUAGUGGCAUCUGAAACGGUUAAUCCCAAAACAUUUGAAGAGUCAUAUUCUCCUCGAUCUACUACUUCAACAGAAGGUGUCCCCAAUGCUGAAAAUUCCCCGCUAAAGCCAUUGACUGCCUUGGUUGAUUCUAAUGGUUUGGUUCUAGUAUGGCUUUCUGUUAUAACAAGUAUAGCUUUGUUGAUUGCUUUUAAUGUGGGCGGUUCUGGUUACUUUAAUCCUUAGUUUAACAUGGAGAAAUGUCGUUAAAUCAGGAUCAGGAACGGUUUUGGUUUUCGAUCGAUCGGUGUAUAAAUUAGAGAGGUCCAAGCUAUAGCUACAUUAGUUGUGGACUUGUACUGCAGGGUACAUUAGAGGAACAUGCUCAUUACAAAGUCAUUUUUGUUCAUGUUCUCAUUAAUUUCUCCUCUACAUCUAUCUAAUCAUUGUAUUUAUGGAAUUUUUUCAAAUAUACCAUUAGAGGCAAAUUUUAUUGGUUUUUCUCAGCAGAUGCUAGCAUCUCCAUUUUCAAGAGCAUUGAAUCUGCUUCUACGCUAAAAACUCCGAACGUAGAGGGCGAUAAUGACAGCCAUCUUUUAGCAUUUUCAUUUCCUCCACUACUUGUUAAAUGCAAAUAAUUUUCAGAAUUUUCUUAACACUGAUCCGAAAGUAGUUUU